AAUGAGGAGAGCAGGAUGAGGCAGGUGAUACUCUUCUCUCUACCUGUGGAGAUGAAGGUGGUGAGGGAGGGAGAGAAGAACAGACACGGGAACAGGAUGAAGGAAUGCGCAGGAAAACAGGAAUAUGGAAGAGAGAGGUUUGUGUGCAUCUCGCUAAAGGAGAUGGAGAGCUACUACAGAUACAGCCGGUGCUGUCAACAGCUGUUGCAUGAUGACGUUCUGCAGAGUGAGGAUGGUCCUCUGUGUGCAGCAGAAAUUGGCUCUGAACUCCAGAAACAGUUUGCCAUCCUGCCAGGGGGGCGUGGGAUGAACGGCAGCCCCAUCGUCAUCUUCCCAGAAUUCCCGGCUUUCAGCGAGCUGGAGGAUGAGGAGGUCCAAAAUGUCCUCCGGUACCUCACCAGCGUCCCCAGUGUUGCAGCAUCAGGAGUGGGUUUCAUCCUGGUCAUCGACAGACGACUGGAUCGAUGGGCCGCCGUCAGGGCUACCCUGCUCCGCAUCGCUGGUUCAUUUCCAGGGAACUUACACUUGGUUCUGGUGUUACGUCCCACUACUUUGCUCCAGCGGACUCUGUCAGACUUCCUGUUCAAGUACAACAAGGAUGAGUUCAAAAUGAAGGUGGUGAUGCUUAGUUCCGUAACUGAGCUCCAUGCCUAUAUCGACCCAGGACAAUUGACCACAGAGCUGGGAGGCACGCAGGAGUACUGCCAUGACAGCUGGAUCUCACACCGCACUGCAAUCGAGGCAUUCGCCCUCAUGGUGAAGACCACGGCUCAGACCCUGCAGACGUUCGGCACUGAGCUUGCAGAGACAGAAUUACCCAACGACGCCGAGGCUACCACCAACCUGCUGCACACACACACUCUGAAGAAGGAUAAAAUGAAGGAAGACCUGCAGGUGGCACUGUCUCAAGGGGGACGUCUGCUGGAGUGUAUCAACGAGCCGUUACAGACAGACCCUGAAUACAACAUGACCUAUGAUGAGCAGGAAAAUUUAGAUACUGUACAGAGGCAGGUGUUUGCAGACUACGAGAAGCUGCUGCACUCUGAGAACUACGUCACCAAGAGGCAGUCUCUAAAGCUUCUGGGCGAGCUGUUAUUGGACAGACAUAACUUCACGGUGAUGACGCGUUACAUCAGCAAGCCUGAGAAUCUCAAGCUGAUGAUGAAUCUGCUACGAGACAAGAGUCCCAACAUCCAGUUUGAGGCCUUCCAUGUCUUCAAGGUUUUUGUAGCGAACCCCAACAAGACGCAGCCCAUCAUCGACAUCCUGCUCAAGAACCAGACCAAACUAAUCGACUUCUUGAGCAACUUCCAGAAGGAGCGCACAGAUGACGAGCAGUUCAACGACGAGAAGACCUACCUAAUCAAACAGAUCAGGGAUCUGAAGAAACCGGCCUCCUAGAGAAGCAUCCCUCCCUGCCCACUAACCCAAGUUUUUAUUGAUAGGAAGACAUACAGUAGAAAAAAAACACAUUAAAGAUAAUGGUUAGUCUAUUUAAAAAAAAAAAAAAAAAUCUUCAAGACGUUAUUUGUCUUUUUUCUCUUUUCUCUUUGUUGGUUCAUUUAAAACUUGUGCAAGAGUAGUUCUCAAUCGCCGAUCUUUCUUUUGUACAUUUUUCUCACGAAUUCUGUUUUUAUUUUUCUUCAUUUGUAUCGUGUAGUGCCACAGCUCAUGGUGUUGGAGGCAGCUGAUUUGCUCUAUUGGGAGAACUAGCGGUUAAAAAAGCUUCAGACAAAACAGGCGUGCCAAUUUUUGUACAGUCACCAGUUGCAGGUGCUCUGUUAGUCGCUGCACUUGAGUUAAUUUGUAACUGUUUAAAUGAAGUAGCUGCAAAUCCCAAAAAUAAUGAAGAAUUCCUGCUUUUUUUUUGUUUUCAAUGUGUCUGGGUGGGAUCAGGCAAAAAAAUAUAUAUACUUCAGAAUGAGAACAUCUUAAGUGGGAAACACAUUCUCAGUCUUUGCUUAAUGGCAACAAUAAUCCUCGGUUGCCCUCUGAUAGCCAAACGCCUCUUUCUUAUAGUACUGGCAAAGCCAACAUUCCCUCAACUUUUCUUUUUCUAAAACUAAAAAAAGCAUCAUCAUAAUCAAAUACAAUCCCAAAAUGCCAAUGCAGCUUUAAGUCUUGUCUUCCUUACUAUUCCUUGCACACCUCAACAACUGAUUUGCGUAUUUCUGACAGCGUCGUGACAGAUUUUAGCCAAUUCAACGGGGGAAAAGGCUGAAUCAGUUCAGUUGAGAACACACUACACGAUAUAUAGAGGCUGAUCUGUCUAUGAUAGCUUUCCAAUAUCACAAAGCUUUGGCGCUUUUCCGAAAAAUGUUCGGCAGGUCGCUGCAGAUGUUAUGUUGUGAGUGCACUGUGAGUUUCAGGUUUUAAAUCGGCUCUGACUGGUCAUGAUUUGUUUUUCACCACCGUGAUCCUGCAGUUUAAGAGAGGGGUUUAUCUGAACCAGACUAACCUGCAAAAGUUAACUUUUAUCAUCAGUCAAUCAAGAUUUUAAAAAACCCUGUGCCAUUCAGUUUAACCGAAUAAGCUUGAGUAAGGCUGAGAAUGGGUGUUUGGAGAGAAUGGAUUUUUGUGACGGUUGACCAAAAAUUGCCAAGAAAAAAUAGUAAUUCUAAGACUAUUUUAAAAUUUGUCUUUGAAAUGAAGGGCCUUUUUAAUUGAGUUAUUGGGCUGCUGUCGGAACAGUAAGCUCCAAUCAUUUUGAUCACUGGUUCUCUCUGCUGGUGGCUGACGGCACUUUCUGUAUGAUUAAAAAAAAUAUGAUGAUUCAAAUGUUUGUUUGUUUUUGUUCAUCUUAAGCUGAUCACUGUUUUCACAUUGCUUGAUGGUCAUUUUUUGCUUUUUAUCUAGUUUCAUUUCUCGUCAUGUACAGUUUAUGGUUUGUACACCUGAAAUGAGUGCCAUUGUGAGUGAGAACAUUGAACAUUAACAGGAGGCACUUUGCUCUUAAUGAGAGAUGAGAGCAGCUGUAAAGAUGGCUGUUGGUGUUUUUGUUUCACUCUUUUUCUUUCUGUACUGUAACUAGUGUUUUUGCUCUGAUUUGGAUCUUAUGUUAGUAUUAGAGAGGUAAAGAUUCAGAGGUGCCUUUUUGGUUUGGCGUGUUUUCCCUUUUCUUUUUUUGUAUUUUUAGUAUCACUCUAGGGGGAGCUUAAUUAUUAUGUUAAUGGAAAUAUGCUCUGGAUUGAACAUAUUUGUUGUGAUUAAGCAGUGAACCUCUUAACUCACUAUAUUUGAGUUAGACUGUCAGUUUUUAAACUUUUUGCAGCUGAUUGGUUGCCAUUGUGUACGGAGCAGGGUCACAGUUUCACUUUGAGUUUGUCACCAAAGUAGCGCUGAUUCAACAUGUGAAUUGCAAACUUGUGCCGGCUAACUCAUCUGGAAACCCAUCGCAGAGUGAGGCCAUAUUUGACCUGUUAACAAGAUUCGAUCGUGAAUUGUAACUGUGAAAAAUCCACAUGUAGUUAAAGGACCAAAAAAUUAGCAAAAUAAAUGUGGUUAAAAUGCUA